AUGGAUGAAAAAAUCUCUAGCUUGAUUGGCUUACAGACAAGCAGCAAGUUUUACAAAGUUGAAUCAGGUUUGAUGACCUUAUUGAGAAACUGUUUGGAGUCUGAAACUGAGAAUUCAAAAUCCAUUUUGUCCGGUUAUGUUGAUAAUUUCCAGAGCCUUGAUUCUGAGGAUGCUGGAUGGGGUUGUGGAUGGCGUAACAUUCAAAUGCUUAGCUCUCAUUUGCUAGCUCGGAGGCCGGAAGCAAGAGAGGUUUUGUUUGGUGGUUUGGGGUUUGUUCCUGAUAUCCCGUUGUUGCAGAUAUGGCUUGAGGUUGCUUGGGAAAAGGGUUUUGAUGCACCAGGAGCUGCUCAACUUGAUCAUGUUGUUUAUGGUUCGAAAAAAUGGAUAGGGACUACUGAAUGUGCUGCUCUCUUGCGUUCUUUUACUCUUCGCGCAAGAGUAGUGGAUUUUGGAUCCUGCUCAUACUUGGAAUAUUUUUUCCAUCAUAGAGUAUGA